AUGGCUCGGCUAGCUAGAGAAGACAAUAAUCUGGCAGAAGAACGUCUCCAUGAUUCCCACACUGGCGGCCACAGCCCCGGAGGACCUGACCUGAGAAUCAUCCUCGUUGGUAAAACGGGAGCUGGGAAAAGUGCGACAGGAAACACCCUCCUCGGAGAGAUCAAGUUUGAGUCCAAGUUCAGUGCAAAGCCAGUAACACAGACGUGCGCCGCGGGGAGGGGGACGUGGAACGGGAGGGAGGUUCUGGUUAUCGACACUCCCGAUAUUCUGGGCACAAAGGGCCCCGUGGAAGCCUCCCCCCAGGAGAUCGCUCGCUGCAUCGCGCUGUCCUGCCCUGGCCCCCACGCGCUGCUGCUGGUCACACAGCUGGGCUGCUACACUGCCGAGGACCAGGCAGCUGCCGGGCAGGUCCGAGAGAUCUUUGGAGAGGAGGCCAUGAGGUACCUGAUCGUGCUGUUCACCCGGAAAGAGGACUUGGACGGUGCCUCACUGAGCGACUAUGUAACUGGCUGUGAUACCCCAGCUCUUCGGGGGCUGGGGGCAGCCUGUGGGAACAGCUGCUGCGCUCUCAACAACAGAGCGACGGGCUCGGAGCGCGAGGAGCAGAUCCGUGAGCUGAGGGAGGUGGUGGAGGGGAUGGUGCAGGCCAACGGAGGCCGAUGUCUCACCAGUGAGAUUUAUAGACAUGCCAUGGAGAAGAGGCAGCAGCAGGCCAAGGCCCUGGAGGAGAAGUACAGGGAGCUGGAGGAAGCAAAGGUGAAGGACAUAAUCCGUCGCUUCAAGGAGAAACAUGGUGCUCUGAAGCAGGACUUACACUCCAGGCCAGAGGCAGGACAGGAAAUCCAUCUCACACUGGGCCAGGAUGUGUAUCGAGCUUUAGAAACACUGUCAGAAGAGCAGAAAGCCACGGAGGCAGAAGAGGAAGAAAAUCUGCUGAAAGAAAUCCAGGAAUACUACAUGGGAAAGCCAAACCCAGCCGGGGAGGAAGCCGGCAAUGAUGACAGGCUAAAACAGAAAGAGAGAGAAAAUGAAGAACCCACCCAGGGAGCGCGAGGGGGCAGCCAGGACACAUGGAAAUUCAUCCUUGUGGGUAAGGGAGGAGCUGGGAAAAGUGCAACCGGAAACACCCUCCUUGGCAAGAAGGAGUUUGAGUCCAGGCUGGGAGCAAAGCCAGUGACUCAGGCGUGCGCGGCAGGGAGCAUGCGCUGGAGCGGGAGGGAGGUUGUGGUGAUCGACACGCCUGACGUUUUCUGCCCAGCGGCCCGUGAUGCGGGAACCUGUCGAGAGCUCAGUCGCUGUAUCGUGCUCUCCGCCCCGGGCCCCCACGCGCUGCUGCUGGUGACCCAGCUGGGCCGUUACACUGCACAGGACAGGGAGGCCGUGAGCCGAGUACGAGAGGUUUUCGGAGCGGGGGCCAUGAGGCACAUGAUCGUCUUGUUCACCCGGAAAGAUGAUUUAGAGGGUAGCUCGCUGCCUGACUACGUGACACACACGGAUAACAGGGACCUGCGGGGGCUGAUUGCAGCCUGCAGGGACCGCUACUGCGCUUUCGACAACAGAGCCACGGGGGCGGAGCGGGACUGGCAGGUUACAGAGCUGAUGCGAAUAGCUGAGGGGAUGGUGCGGGAGCACGGGGGCCGAUGUUACACCAACGAGCUGUACGCCGAGGCGGGCGAUGACACGGAAGAAACGUGUCUAAAGGUUGCAGAGAGACUGAAGCAGCUGAUGGCAAAGCCACAGAGAACCCAGGGAGGGAGCAAGUGGAAUAGACUCCAAAGGAUGUGUACUGUCUCCUGGUAGCAAGAGCCGUGACCCAGGCCCAGAGCUCCUGCUUCCCCCAGGCAGUGGCGGGAGGGCCCGUACCAUUGGGACGGCAUCCAGUGCACAAAGUUUACACCAUUGGAAGCAACUCUGGCCAUCACCCACCAGCAGCCAGGGUAGAAUCAUAGAAUCAGAGAAUAC